GAACGCCUCUCUGAGCGGGGCUGAUCAUGUCCGGGCGGGCGGAGGCUGGACGGUCUGAUCGGACAGAGGAGGACAACUUAGCGCUCACAAAACACGUUUAUCUCCAGCAGGGUCAGGAUGGAGUCUCACAGACCGAACGGCUCUCUCCGAACAUCAGGAUACAGAGGGGCUACAUGCCGCAGCAUGGUCACAACCAGCCAGGCAGCCAGGACAACUUGUUUGGAGUGAGGGUUCAGGUUCAAGGGAUUAAAGGUCAACCCUAUGUGGUUCUGAACAGUUCUAGCCAGGACAGCAACAAGGACGUUUCUGUCAUCACUCACCAGGCAGGGUACAACCCGGGUAUGGUGCGGAGGUCUUUGGAUGAGACAGCCACAACCGAGUUUCAUUAUCAGAAACGCCCAGAGAUCAUGAGACCUUACAGCCCUGACAGUAAUCGCCUGAGCCCCGUGUUCCCUUCACAAACAGCCUCAAACAAACCAACUACUAAUGUGACCAAACCCAGGAUCCCUCUGCCGCUAGGGCCCAGGAGAGGACUCCACUGAGGUGACCAGAACAAGACACCUCCCUCCAGUGGACAAAUUCCUGCAAGAUCCCCAAACUUGGUCGACACUGACUCCAUCAUUUCUGUAGGGACUAUAAGCCAGUUUAACAGUAACCAGCAGAGAGGAAGGCGCCCAAGGAACAGGCUGGACCUCCAGGAAUGUCGGCGGUCACGCAGCGUGGACAGCAGUCGAAACCCUGAAUCCUCCCCAUCCUCCCCUUCAUCUAGCAGGACCUCAUCUCUGAAGGGUGGGAUAUAUCCUCCUGGGUCAGCCAGGGCCCGACUCCUCAGCAGAGAAGGCACUUUGAAGCCACAAAGCAACAAAGAUAGCUGCCAAGUGCUUCACAGCGCAGAGAAAGCCUCUGACCAAGCUGAUGAAUCUGAUGAAAGAGAUGCACAGGUCACUCCUGAUCUUCUGAAAGGAUGGCAAGAGCUCUCAGAUCCAAGUGAAGACACAACAAAGCAAAUGCUGUUCACUUAUCUGAAGGCUGGAACGACCGAUGACGACUCCACUACCCAAAGAAAGGUCCACCUGCUCCUUCAAAGGAUCAACAAACAGUGGAGAACUGCUGCCAAUGUGGAACAGGAGGAGAAAAACUACGAAGAUGCGAUAAAGCACCUGCAGGAGAAACAAGCAGAGUUGGAGAAAGAAGUGUCCAAACUAACGCAAAGACUGGAAACUGAGAUUAAGAAUGAGAUGACUUUAGCCAAGGCCUGUGAGAAGGCGAGGACAGAGAAGAAGAAAUUUCAGGAAGAACUGACAAAAAGCCAGGCAGAGCUCAGCCAACUCAAGGACAAGCUGGCUGAAGUUGAGGCAGAACUUCAGUCUGCCAAACAGGAGCUGACUCAAAUGAAGGCAGAGAAAGAGCAAGCUAAAGCGGAGAUGAAGGACCUUCAGCAGCAGCUCUCUGACAUGCAUGAUGAGCUGGACCGAGAGAAGAAGGCAGAGGUGAUAAAUGAAGAGAAGAACUUUUUUUUAUACAUAGAUUUCGCCUGGUCAAUUUGGCAGGCUUUGGCCCAGCUGCGUGCGGACUUUCAGGAGAUGCUACAGGUGAAGGAGGAGCAGGAGGACGUGCUGCAUCACAGGGAGAGGGAGCUCAGUGCCCUGAAGGGAGCGCUUAAGGAGGAGGUGGACACUCACGAUAAAUAUGCAUCUGCUCUGAAGGAGGAAUACGAACAGGAGCUUGAGAAGCUGCUUGGGGACUUGGAGCUGGUUAAAGAAGAGCAUACUCUGCUCUGCCAGAAGAAGUUUGAGGCAGAGGAGCAGAAAGGUGCAGCUAAAGGUCAACUGAAGGAGCUGAGCCAGGAGAGAGAUCAGCUGGCAGGGAAGGUGCAAGAGCUUAACACCAAGGUGGAGCAAUUGAAUCAGGCAAUCCAGGAGUAUAAAACCACAGAGAGACAGCUGGAGCAGAGAGCAAAGCAGCUUGAGAGGGAAAAACAGCAGGUUGAGGAAAUGCUGAAUGAUGUGAGGCGGAACGAGGAGGAGAUGUGUCAGUCUAACCAGUCGCUGCUCACUCGUUUGGAGGACGUGCAGGGUAAGCUAGCCAAAUUGAACCAUGAGCACAGAGACCUGAAAGAGAAGCUCAGGAGGAGAAGAAACAAGUGGAGGAGCUGUGGAAGCAAAAAAACUGAACUGGAGGAUGAGAGGAGGCUGCAGGACAGGGCUAUGGAGCAACUGCAGAGGAAGAUGAAUAGCAUCAUAGAGGAGUGCGAGGCAUCUACAGAUGUACUUCAGAACCAGGUCGAUGCCAAAGAAAAGAGUCAGAGGGACUUGGCUGAGCAGCGGAGACAGCAGGAAAAGGGAGCAGAGCUGGAGAAAUCCAGACAGGCAGCCAAAAAACUGCAGGAAGAGCUGCUUCCUCUGGAGGAGGAUCUGCGGAGGUGUCGCAGGGAGCAGCAGGAGGCCCAGCUGAGGGGUCGGCAGCUGGAGCAGAGGGUGGAGGAGCUGGAGGAGAGGAAUGCUGCCGUGAUGGAGGAGCGAGAGCGGCAGGUCAAAAUGUUAAAAGAACGCAUCAGUCGCCUAGAAGAAGAUCUUUGUGAUGAGCGCGGCAGUGCUGACCGCUUGAUGGAGCGAUUAGACAAAACCAAAGAGCAGAUGGAUCAGAUGAGGAAUGAAAUGAUGCAGGAGAGAUCAGUCAGGCAGGAUCUGGAGUGUGAUAAGAUAAGCCUGGAGAGGCAGAAUAAAGAUCUUAAGAGCAGAGUGACUCAUCUGGAAGGUUCACAGAAGAGCAACCAGGACUCACUCGUCUCCAAACUUAACAUCCGUAUCCAGGAACUGGAGGAGAGGUUGCAAGGAGAAGAGAAGGACAACAACAACCUGCAACAAGUGAACCGCAGGCUGGAGCGCAAGGUGAAGGAAAUGAAGAUGCAGGCAGACGAAGAGCGCGUUAACCUGCAGAGUCAGACAGACCAGCUGACUCAGAGGCUGAAGAUGUCGAAGAGGCAGAUGGACGAGGCAGAGGAGGAGAUUGAGCGUCUGGAGCACUCUAAAAAGAAGUUGCAGAGAGAACUGGAUGAGCAGAUGGAGACCAACGAGCAGCUUCACAGCCAACUGAGUGCAGUGCGGAUUGAGAUGAGGCGGAAAAAGAAAUCUCCUCCUCUCAUGAAGGGUGCAGAAGAUGAUGGAAACGACAUGGACGACCUUGGAUCUGACUGACUUGUGAUUCAAAUUAAUUAAAAACGGACUUUAAUGUUACUGUGAACAUAUCAUGAUUGAAUAUAAUUUCAUUAACAACUCAGGUGUGACUUCCAGUUUGAGAUGUAUGGCACCUUGCCAAGGCUGACCUCUUGUGGCAAUAUUUAUAACUGCAUUUUCUGUCAACGCAUCAGGCCAACUAUUGAUUCUUCCUAAUCUCUAAUUUAUUCUGUUGCUUUAUUAAUUAAAGUGAUGUGAACCACGCAUUCCUAAACUAAUAAGUAAAUGUAUUAAAAUGCUUUUUCAACAUUCACCAGUGUACAUACACUU